AUGUCUUUGGCCACCAUACCAAUCAAAACUACAUCAAAAGAGUUCAUCAAGAGGUCCAUAGUCUUUGAGAUAGUGGCUGGGUUGGAGACCCACCAGCCGCAUGGUGGCUCACCAAACGGGCAUAGAGAGUUGACUGCAGCAAGGUGUACUGCUUAACUAGGAUGUGGCCCUAAUUGGAGAGUGGCUUUAGGGUGGAGUACGCUUCCAACAGCAGGCAUUCCCUUCAACAUGUUACAGAAGAUAAUGUGGAGACAGAGAUGGGCAGUAUCUCUGUUAUACGUAUUUGAAAUACAUAUUUCAAUGACUUUUUACUAUUUUGUCAUUUGUAUUGCACUGGCCUGAACUACAAUCCUAUGUAUUUGGAACAAGAUACUUUUGAGACCUGUAAUUUGUAAAAACAUUUUGUUGUUGUAAAAUACAACAUAUUUUUCUAUACCAUUCUUUAUAGGGGUUGGACAUUUUGUGUUCCCCUUUCAUCCUGCAUUGGUAUCAGAAGUCUGAUGGCACUAUGGUUUGAUAAAGUGACUAGUAAAUGACAAAAAUGUGUACUCUGUAUGUAGAGGGGGUGUGGUUUCUUUGAUAAGGAAGUGUGACAGAUUUUUUGGUAGUCGGCAGAGAUAGUUUGUAUUUAUGUUACAUGCAUUUGAAAUACAUAUAUUAAUUACUUCUGAGUAUUUAGUCAUUUGAAUUAUGCUGGGAUGAACUACACUCCAAUGUAUUUUGAAAAUACAAAAUACCUUUCCAUACCAUUUUUUAUAGCGGUUCACAUCUUGUGGCCCCUCUUUCACCCUGCAUUGGUAUCAGAAGUCUGAUAGCACUAUGGAGUGAUAAGAGCGUCUGCUAAAUGAACCAAAUAAACACGUAAAAAAGAACAGUUGAAAAGCAUGCUGGGUAUUAUAAUAAUGAGCUCUGCACCCAAAAGAAGGCCAAUAAUAAUACCCAGUGUGCUUUGCAAUUGUUCAUUAUUACAUUGUCAUUUUAGUCAUUUAGCAGAGACUCAUAUCCAGAGAGACUUACAAUCAGUGCAUUCAACUAAGGUAGAUGAACAAUCUCAUAUCACAGUAUAUCCAGAGACUUACCAUCAGUACAUUCAACUAAGGUAGAUGAACAAUCUCAUAUCACAGUCAUAGAAAGUUAAAAGGUGUUUUCUUCCUUCACUGAGAAUGUUGUUGUAGUGAAGGUGUGUACUAGCAAAUGUAUUUACCUGUAUGUAUUUGUAUUUUAUCUACAUACAACUGCAAAAGUAUUUUGUAUUUUAGUUUGAUACAUUAGUCUUUAGAGUAUCUGGUAUUUUUAACAAGAUCCAUUUUUGUUGUACAGUAUAUUUUGCCCAUCUCUGUGUUGAUAUAUCGUCUCUCAGUGACUAACUGAUUUGGUUAUGGCUACCUAGAUUAAUGUGGAGAUCACAACACCCUUCUCCCCCGACAGAGUCAUCAGUAAGCACACACACGGCACACACACAGAGACAGACAGACACACACACUCACACACACAGACACACACACACAGACACACACAGACACAGACACACACAGACACACACAGACACACACACGGACAGACAGACAGACAGACAAACAGACAAACAGACUCACACACACACACAGACACACAGACAGAGACACACACACGCACAGACUCACACAGACACAGACACAUACACGACACACACACACAGACACACACACACAUACACACACACACAGACACACACACAUGCACAAAUACCAUCCACAUCAAUGAGCCAGUCAAUGUUAAUGUCUCUCUCUCUCCCUCUCUCUCUCUGUUUCCCUCCCUCUCCCCUCCUCUCCUCUCUCAGUGCUGGAUCAUGCGUGUGCGGCCCUGUCUGUCCUGGUAGCGGGCCUGUCUGAGGUCCACAGGAAGGGCUAUCCUCUGACGGAGCAGGCCCUGUCAGGGAAGGUGCUCCAGGUGUCCGCCAUGGCCUGCUUCCAGCUGGCUCCCCAGUACAUCCUACUGGGGCUGGCUGAGCACGUAUUUCUGACACACCUAUUGCUGCUACAUUGUUCGUACACAGAGACAAACUGGGUUUGAGAUUUCUAAUGUCAAUGGACACCAUAUGUAGUUAGGAUGAAGUUAGAAUGUGGAGUUUUGGAACCAACUGCCAACACGGAGGAUAGUAUUCUGAACUCUGGAAGCUAGGGUUAGGAUGCCCCCUACUGGUGUAUUAGAGACAGACAAGAGACGUUUGAACCAAAUGAAUGCUUCUUUCUCUUCCCAGCCUUCCUCUCUUCUCUGUUCCAGGCUCUGUGAUCUCCUUCCACCUGACACCCAGUCAUAUCAGAGGCAACUCCCUGCACUUCCUCCCCCUGUCCUACAGAGGGAGCUGUUUCCUGGGAGCCCUCAUCAUCCAGCUGGUCUACCUACUCUCUGGAGGUAAAGGCUUCACUUACAGAUGCAUCAUCGUAACCAUAGAAACUGAAGAGGAACAUACAUUCAUGUUGGAAUGGUUGAUGGGGGUCUGUCUGCAUUAUGGGGAUUCAGUCCUAUGGCCACUGAUAGCACUGUUCUCCAGUCCAACUACAGGUAACUUGUACCCAAACACACUGCAUGAAGGGAAUCUGGAGCAUUUCUUCUUCUUCUUAGCCAUGUUGAUGACCAUAAACACUCUGGUGUUCUGGUGGAUAUCUUCCAGGUACAGUAUGAGAACCUCUCAUGUAUCAAUAUAGUCACUGUAGAUGAGACAGAGGACAUGAGGAGGAGAGGAAGCCAUUAGAGUUCUUUCAGUCUUGGACUUCAAGAUUUUCAGUCAAACAAAUUUGAGAUUUUCCUUGACCCCUUGAGGUGACCUGAACAACGUUUCAAUAUAGUCUGUGCAGAUGAGACAGAUGACAAUAUUGAGACAGGUGACAGUAUUGAGACAUGUGACAGUAUUGAGACAGAUCCACCCUAGCAGUCUCUCCUCCCCUGUGUCCCAGGUACCUAGACCUGAGUGUGGUGCAGUGUAGAGGAGUAGGAAGCAGCCUUCUGGCAGAGAAACUCCUGCAGUACAAGACCUGCCUGUGA